ACGAGGAGAUUGGAUAUGGUGUGAACUUUUGUUCUUUAGUUUCUUUUUUCUUAGUUCGAGUUCUCUACCCUCUCCACAAGUGCUUGAUUGAUGUUUGAGGUUUUCCCCGUUGGUUUGUAAUUCUCUUCCUAUCUUGAUUGUGACUGUCAACAUGGAAGACACAACUUGGGAACAGAGAAUCCAUGCCCUAACCCAUAUCCUCACAAGCCCCACCACAAAUCCACCUCUCCAUUCUCAGUUCUUCAUCUCCACACAAAUCCCUUGUUACCUAAACUGGGACUACCCUCCAAUCCUCUGCAACAAACCGACCACCACUGGCUUCCCUUCUCUUCACCUAAGGUGGGGAUUCUCUCUAUUCCUCAAAAAGAUCUCAAGAUCUGGGCCUCCCAAGACUUCCUGGAGGUGCAAGUGCCCUUACCAACAGCCCCCACCUUUGAUUCUGGCCAAGGGAGUGGAGGAGGCACAGUGGGGUGAUGAGCAAAGAAGGGUGUAUGUGAGAAGGAGACUAAGAAGGAAACGCCUAGGUAGUGAUGUGAACCCUUUGAUUCCUAUCUUGGUACCCAAUUUGUUUUUGUUUUCUCUUCUGUUAUGGAACCCAUUUCCUGAUCUUGAUAACUGAGAAGUGUUGCAUUCACAGGAAUUCUAGGAUGCUUUUAAUGCAAUUGUUCAAUAUUGGAUUUGUAAGUGAC